CAGUCCUCCCACGGGAAUGACCAUGGAUAAAAGUGAGCUGGUACAGAAAGCCAAACUCGCCGAGCAGGUGGAGCGCUACGAUGACAUGGCUGCGGCCGUGAAGGCAAUCAUGAAGCAGGGGCACGAGCUCUCCAAUGAGGAGAGAAAACUGCUGUCUGUUGUCUACAAGAACAUGGUCAGUGCCCGCCGUUCUUCCUGGUGUGUCAUCUCCAGCAUCAAACAGAAAACAGAGAGGAACGAGACGCAGCAGCAGAUGGGCAAAGAGUACCGUGAGAAGAUCAAGGCAGAGCUGCAGGACAUCUGCAACGAUGUUCUGGAGCUGUUGGACAAAUACCUUAUUCCCAAUGCUACACAACCAGAAAGUAAGGUGUUCUACUUGAAAAUGAAAGGCGAUUAUUUUAGAUAUCUUCCUGAGGUGGCAUCUAGAGACAAUAAACAAACCACUGUGUCAAACUCCCAGCAGGCUUACCAGGAAGCAUUUGAAAUUAGUAAGAAAGAAAUGCAGCCUACACACCCAAUUCAACUGGGCUUGGCAUUUAAUUUCUCCGUCUUUUACUAUGAGAUUCUAAACUCUCCUGAAAAGGCUUGCAGCCUGGCAAAAACGGCAUUUGAUGAAGCGAUUGCUGAAUUGGACACACUGAACGAAGAGUCUUACAAAAACAGCAUCCUGAUCAUGCAGUUGCUUAGGGACAAUCUCACUCUGUGGACGUCAGAAAACCAGGGAGAUGAAGGAGAUGCUGGGGAGGGAGAGAACUAAUGUCUG